AUGGAAGGCCAGUUGAGAUCGCUCUCCAGCCAACUUCUUAUCACUAGAAUCUCCAAAAUCUCUCUUCUUCUCUCUCUUUUGAGUAAAAUAACUACCAAAUUUAAUAUUCAUACUACCUCAUUCUUCUUCUUCUUCUUGAUCCGGUGGCAACUAUUUGCCAAAUUCAGACCCGACCCGGAUCCGAAUUCAGUUGAGAUGUCCGCCGCCAUUGCCACCGUUGCUGCUCUAGCUCUUCCAAUCUCCUUUUCUCGCUCUUCUAAGAUUAGCAGCAAAAGGGGCAUCAGUGGUGGAUUCAGGGUAUUUGCUAUAAUUGGGGAAGAAGGUGGGUCGAUAGAGAGAAAGAAGCCUUGGAAUACCUUGUUUGAAGUAGAGGAUCCGAGGUCUAAGCUUCAAAGAUCCGAUGGCAAGUUCUUGGACGCAUACCAGGCUCUAGAGGUGGCUCGCUUCGAUAUACAAUUCUGCGAUUGGAAGGCCCGGCAAGAUGUCCUCGCAAUCAUGCUCCUACAUGAAAAGGUUGUGGAAGUUUUAAAUCCUCUUGCUCGUGAGUUCAAAUCGAUAGGGACGCUAAAAAAGGAACUUGCGGAGUUGCAGGAGGGACUAGCUCAAGCUCACAAUCAGGUACAUAUAUCAGAAGCAAGAGUGUCCAGAGCUGUGGACAAGCUAGCUUACAUGGAAACAUUGGUUAAUGAUAAGAUAAUGCAAGAAAGAACCGUAUCUGAAGAUGAUGUUUCGCCUCCAAGUACUUCGACCGGAUCUGCAGAGUGCAUGAAGAACAGACAGGCUCGAAGAAGCCUCAAUGUUUCUGGCCCGGUCCAGCCAUACAGUCCCCGUUUGAAGAACUUUUGGUAUCCCAUUGCCUUCUCUGCGGACUUGAAGGAUGACACUAUGAUCCCACUGGAUUGCUUUGAGGAAUCUUGGGUUCUAUUUCGAGGGAAAGAUGGCAAACCUGGUUGUGUGCGGAAUACUUGUGCCCACCGCGCGUGCCCGCUCGACCUUGGCUCGGUUCACGAGGGUCGUAUCCAGUGUCCUUAUCAUGGAUGGGAAUACUCAACUGAUGGGAAAUGUGAGAAAAUGCCAUCUACUAAAUUGCUCAAUGUGAGAAUCAAGGCAUUACCAUGCUUUGAGCAAGAGGGGAUGAUAUGGAUUUGGCCAGGAGAUGAUCCUCCAACUGCAAGUCUUCCGUCUCUGCUACCACCGUCAGGAUUUCAAAUUCAUGCUGAGAUUGUGAUGGAACUUCCAGUUGAACAUGGCCUCUUGUUGGACAACCUCUUGGACCUUGCACAUGCUCCUUUCACGCAUACAUCCACCUUUGCAAAGGGUUGGAGCGUCCCAAGCAUGGUGAAGUUCUUGACACCUGCAAAUGGUCUGCAAGGCUACUGGGAUCCUUACCCGAUAGAUAUGGAAUUCCGGCCACCUUGUAUGGUACUGUCCACCAUUGGGAUUUCAAAGCCCGGUAAACUAGAAGGGCAGAGUACGAGAGAAUGCUCUACACAUCUACACCAACUUCAUGUCUGCUUACCUUCGUCAAGAAAUAAAACCAGAUUACUGUACAGAAUGUCACUUGACUUUGCUCCAAUAUUGAAGUAUGUUCCUUUUAUGCAAUAUGUGUGGAGAUAUUUCGCUGAACAGGUCUUAAAUGAGGAUCUACGGCUUGUACUCGGCCAACAAGAACGGAUGCUUAAAGGAGCAAACAUAUGGAAUCUACCGGUUUCAUACGAUAAACUCGGAGUAAGAUACAGGCUAUGGAGAAACUCAGUUGAGGAAGGUUAUGAGCAAGAACCCUUCAGCAAAUAAUAACACAAAACAUUGACCACCGUUUUGAUACAAUUCCUUGCUGCUCUAGUAAAUCAAGCUAUCAAAUCUUAGCUGCAUGCAUUAUUUGAUUUUGAUUAUCCAAGAAAUUUUUCCAGUUGGAGUAGUUCAAAACAAUUAACAGCCAAAAUAGUCUCAGCUCAUACCAUUGUACAGCUCUACACCCCUAUCCUGUACAUCAACCCCUCAAAAGCAAGCAACAAAGAUAUCAUUCUUAUGGCUGUAACAAUGGAAAUGUAUCAUAUCAUGAUUCUUCUCUAAAGUUGUAAAUUGAAAUGUUGGAAUUGCUCA